UGAAAUGAAAUUGGGGAAAAGAGGGAAAACUAUUGCAACCAAAGAUUUGAGACAAAAGGGUUAGAGAGAGAUAGAGCGAGAGUAGAGAGAGAAAGUGGCGUUGCUCGCCGGACUAUCUUCUCCGUCGUAUCUCCGCCGUCGCAAUUUCUCCGAAAACCUGGAAAUCUCCGUCAGUUUCCUCUAAUUUCACGAAUUAGGGCUCAGUAACAGGAACAAUUAAUCAAUGUCGAACAACAACAGGUGGAACUGGGAGGUGAGUGGCUUCGAACCGAGGAAAUCUCCCGCGGAGCAGCCGUCGUCAGCUCCGGCUCCUCUCGUCCGGCGGUACUCGAUCUCUACUCCGUCGAUUGUACCGCAUUCGGAAGCUGUUUAUAAACAGAAUAUUGCUAAUAAGCUUCAUAAUUUGAAGGAUAAGGUCAAGAAUGUAAGAGAAGAUUAUGCAGAAUUGAGACAAGAAGCCGUUGAUCUUCAGGAGUAUUCUAAUGCAAAACUUGAUCGAGUAACACGAUAUCUAGGUGUUCUUGCUGAUAAGACUCGUAAGCUAGAUCAGGCUGCUCUUGAAGCUGAAGCCAAAGUUGCUCCACUUAUAGAGGAGAAGAAAAGGUUAUAUAAUGAGUUAUUGACCACCAAAGGAAACAUAAAGGUCUUUUGUCGAACAAGACCACUUUUUGAGGACGAAGGCUCAUCGGUUGUUGAAUUUCCUGAUGAUUUUACUAUACGGGUUAAUACUGGUGACGAUACUGUAUCCAACCCGAAGAAAGAUUAUGAAUUUGACAGGGUUUAUGGGCCACAUAUCGGGCAAGCUGAAGUUUUCACAGACGUACAACCAUUUGUCCAGUCAGCUUUGGAUGGGCAUAAUGUAUCUAUAUUUGCUUAUGGGCAAACAUGUUCAGGGAAGACACAUACGAUGGAAGGUUCUAGCCAUGAUCGUGGCUUAUAUGUCAGAUGCUUUGAAGAGUUGUUUGAUGUGUCCAACUCAGAUACAACUUCGACUUCUCGCUUUAAUUUUUUUGUAACGGUUGUUGAGCUUCAUAACGAGCAGACGCAUGAUUUGCUUUCGGAGUCAGAGAGCGGUUUAUCAAAGGUUCGGAUGGGUUCACUAGAUUCGUUUGUAGAUCUUGUGCAGGAAAAAGUUGACAAUCCACUAGACUUCUCGAAACUCAUAAAAAAGUCCCUUUUAAGUAGAAACGGUGACAACACGAAGAUCAACAGUUCUCAUCUGAUAAUCACCAUACAUAUAUAUUAUGACAAUUUGAUUACCGGCGAAAAUAUAUACAGCAAGCUUUCUCUUGUUGACUUGGCUGGAAGUGAAAGCUUAGGUCUGGAAGAUGAUAACGGGGAACAAACAACAGAUAUGCUACAUGUCAUGAAAUCACUAUCUGCGUUGGGAGAUGUGUUAGCUUCCUUGACAUCUAACAAGGAAGACGUUCCUUAUGAGAACUCUAUGCUUACAAAACUUCUUGCUGAUUCACUUGGCGGAAGCUCAAAAACGUUGCUGAUUGUAAACAUAUGUCCAAAUGCUUCAAAUUUAUCCGAGACGCUAUCUUCUCUGAAUUUCUCUGCUAGAGCGAGAAACACCGUACUGAGUCUUGGAAACCGAGAUACCAUUAAAAAAUGGAAAGACAUUGCAAAUGAUGCUCGUAAGGAAUACUAUGAAAAAGAAAAACAAAAUCAUGAUCUGAAGCAAGAGGUUGCGGGACUAAAACAAGCACUUAAAGUUGCAAAUGAUCAAUGCGUGUUACUAUUUAAUGAAGUUCAGAAAGCCUGGAAAGUUUCCUUCACGCUGCAGUCAGAUUUAAAGGCUGAAAAUAUUAUGCUUGCUGAAAAGCAUAAGAUAGAGAAGGACCAAAACAAUGAUCUGAGAAAUCAAGUAGCUCCAUUAUUGCAGCAAGUGCAAGACCAGAAACUGCAAAUACAACAACAUGAUUCAACAAUUGAGACUCUACAGGCAAAAUUAAAAGCAAUGGAGGCACAGCUAAAAGAAGCCAGUGAGAACAAGUCCAAAAACAGCUUAGACUCAACUGAAGGCAUCGAGUCUGCAGCUGUUACCAAGAAACUUGAAGAAGAACUCCUGAAACGUGAUGCCCUAAUUGAGAGGUUGCAUGAAGAAAAUGAGAAACUUUUUGAGCGAUUAACAGAGAAGGCAUCUUCAAUUGGAAGCCAACAGGCAUUAGGAGCACCACCCAAAAAUCUAAAUCAGUCCCCUGACCCUGGAAGCAAUAAUAAAGAAGGUGCAAUGGAUGUUGUACCUUUCUCAGCUGAAAAGAAGGCUGACGGAACUCUUGCGUUAGUCAAACAAGGUCAAGACAAGAUAAAGUCAACCCCAGCAGGGGAAUAUCUUACAUCGGCUCUGAAUGAUUUUGACCUGGAACAUUAUGAUGGUCUCGCAGCUAUUUCUGAUGGAGCAAACAAGCUACUAAUGCUGGUUUUGGCUGCUGUUAUUAAAGCAGGUGCUUCACGAGAACAUGAAAUACUUGCUGAAAUAAGAGAUGCUGUUUUUUCGUUUAUACGAAAAAUGGAGCCGCAUAGAGUGAUGGAUACCAUGCUUGUUUCCCGUGUUAGAAUUUUGUAUAUAAGAUCAUUGCUUGCCAGGUCACCUGAGCUGCAAUCUAUCAAGGUUCCUGCGGUUGAGAGAUUUUUAGAAAAGCCUACGAUUGGACACAGCAGAAGUUCAAGCAGGGGUAGCAGCCCUGGAAGAUCUCCAGGGCGUUACGAUCCGACUGUUAGAAACGCUCUGAUACUUGAUGGCCAGAUGCAAGGUUUCAGAGUAAAUAUAAAACCGGAAAAAAAGUCAAAGUUAUCAUCUGUUGUUCUCAAGAUACGUGGAAUUGAUCAGGAAUCAUGGAGGCAGCAUGUAACAGGUGCUAAGCUAAGGGAAAUAACUGACGAUGCCAAAGCAUUUGCAACUGGGAAUAAGGCUCUUGCUGCUCUAUUUGUUCAUACGCCAGCUGGCGAGCUGCAGCGCCAGAUCAGAUCAUGGCUUGCAAUGAAUUUUGACUUUCUUUCAGUCAGUGGCGUGGAUGCUGUUGGCGGGGCCACAGGUCAAUUGGAACUUCUUUCUACUGCAAUAAUGGACGGUUGGAUGGCUGGGCUUGGUGCUGCAAUGCCGCCUGUUACUGAUGCACUCGGGCAACUGUUAGUAGAGUAUGCAAAACGGGUUUAUAAUUCUCAAUUGCAACAUCUCAAGGAUAUUGCAGGUACAUUAGCAACCGAGGCAGCAGAAGACUCGGCACAAGUAGCAAAACUCCGUUCUGCUCUAGAGUCGGUUGAUCACAAGAGAAGAAAGAUUCUGCAACAGAUGAAAGGUGAUAAUGCAUUAUUAACAUUAGAAGACGGUGGUUCACCGAUCCGGAAUCCUUCUUCUGCUGCGGAAGACGCCCGACUUGCAUCGUUAAUCGCUCUUGAUAACAUUCUAAAGCAAAUCAAGGAAAUAAAGAGGCAAUCUUCAGUUAAUAUAAUGAGUAGAAGCAAGAAAAAAGCACUAAUUACAUCCUUAGAUGAUCUUUCUGCACAAUUGUCUUCAUUGCUUGAGAUUGAUCAUCCGUGUGCUCAGAGGCACAUUGCAGAUGCCCGUCGUUUUGUAGAGUCCGUUGUUGAAGAGGAUGACAAGUUCCAAGGGACAUCAAGGGCUGCUUCAGAUGACCUAAGUGCGGAAACUGACGUGGCACAGUGGAAUGUGCUGCAGUUUAAUACGGGGUCCACGAACCCUUUUAUAAUCAAAUGUGGAGCAAAUUCACAUUCUGAACUGGUAAUCAAAGCCGAUGAUCGGGUUCAAGAACCAAAGGGUGGUGAGAUUGUAAGGGUGGUUCCGAGGCCUACGGUUCUGGAGAACAUGAGCUUGGAGGAGAUAAAAGAGGUGUUUAGUAAACUACCAGAGGCUUUGAGCCUACUUGCACUGGCUAGAACCGCAGAUGGAACGAGGGCUCGGUAUUCGAGAUUGUACAGGACCCUAGCCAUGAAGGUUCCGGCACUCAGGGACCUAGUUGGUGAGCUUGAGAAAGGUGGUGGGCUUAAAGAUGUCAAGUCGUGAAGGCAGAAAUUGAUCGAGUUUGUGUGAAUAAGUUAUUAUUAUUGACCAUGUUUAUAUAUACAUAUAUGUAUGUGGCAAACUGAGGCUGUAACUCACUGCAACGGCUUACUUUUGAGGAAACGUCUCUUCGUUUGGAUUUUUUGUCUAUGCAUGUUUGUAAAAUUA